GCUUCUGAAGCAGUAAGCUGUUGGUUUUGAUCCCACUCGGAACACCUGAGUUUUGCUCUGCAAGCAUAUAUAAAACCGGUUUUAUCUACAUACCUAAGAAUAAAAGGUAAUGGAGACCGAACAACAGGAGGAGACCUUUACCAAUACAGAGACAAAUGGCAAACGUCCUGCAGAAGAUAUGGAAGAAGAACAGGUGUUCAAAAGAUCUCGGAAUACAGAUGAGAUGGUUGAAUUACGCAUCUUGCUUCAAAGCAAAAAUGCUGGAGCAGUGAUUGGAAAAGGUGGCAAAAAUAUUAAGGCACUUCGUACAGAUUACAAUGCAAGUGUUUCAGUCCCAGACAGCAGUGGCCCCGAGCGCAUCUUGAGUAUAAGCGCGGAUACAGAGACAAUUGGAGAAAUCUUAAAGAAGAUUAUCCCUACUUUGGAAGAGUAUCAACACUACAAAGGUAGCGACUUUGACUGUGAAUUAAGACUUCUAAUUCACCAAAGUCUAGCAGGAGGAAUUAUUGGUGUCAAGGGUGCUAAAAUCAAAGAACUCAGAGAGAACACUCAGACCACCAUUAAGCUCUUCCAAGAGUGUUGUCCUCAUUCCACUGAUAGAGUGGUGCUUAUUGGUGGAAAACCUGAUAGAGUUGUAGAAUGUAUCAAGAUUAUUUUGGAUCUUAUAUCUGAGUCUCCAAUUAAAGGACGGGCCCAGCCUUAUGAUCCCAAUUUCUAUGAUGAAACAUAUGACUAUGGUGGCUUCACAAUGAUGUUUGAUGAUAGACGAGGACGUCCAGUAGGCUUUCCAAUGCGUGGAAGAGGAGGCUUUGAUCGAAUGCCUCCUGGUCGUGGUGGACGACCUAUGCCUCCAUCAAGAAGAGAUUACGAUGAUAUGAGCCCUCGCAGAGGACCUCCACCACCUCCACCAGGUCGUGGUGGCAGAGGUGGCAGCAGAGCUCGUAAUCUUCCUCUUCCUCCUCCACCACCUCCUCGUGGCGGAGAUCUUAUGUCUUAUGACCGAAGGGGUAGACCUGGAGACCGUUAUGAUGGAAUGAUGAUGCAGUGUCAUGUGGAUGCCUGUGAUGAUAUGCAGCCACCAGAGUUGUUUGAGGGUGGCUCUGGAUAUGACUAUUCUUACACAGGGGGCCGCGGUUCAUAUGGAGAUCUUGGUGGACCCAUCAUCACAACACAAGUAACAAUUCCCAAAGAUUUGGCAGGUUCUAUUAUUGGAAAGGGAGGCCAGAGAAUCAAACAAAUACGACAUGAGUCAGGAGCUUCAAUCAAAAUUGAUGAACCACUAGAAGGCUCAGAAGAUCGAAUAAUAACUAUUACAGGAACACAGGACCAGAUACAAAAUGCUCAGUAUUUACUUCAGAACAGUGUGAAGCAGUAUUCUGGAAAGUUUUUCUAAGACUAGUGAAGAACUGAAGGAGUCCUGCACCUUUUUUUCUUUUUUUUAAUUUUUUUAUUUUUUCAAAUAUCUGCUUCUGUUUAAAAAGCCAACAUUCCGCAGCUUCAUAGGUGUUCUGCAUUUGAGGUGUAGUGGAAUCUGCUGUUCACCAGAUGUAAUGUUUUAUUUAGUUCAUUACAAGUAUUUGGGGGAGAGAGGCUGCACAAGAAUAACUGAAAUUUUGAAACAGCAGCAGAGAGUGGAUUUUAUUUUUGUUCAUUGUUGGUGGUAAAUUGUAAUGUUUGGGGUUUUUUUUCUGUAACUCUUGUGAACACCCUGCUUCAUGUACACUGUAACCUUUUUUGGUUUUGAAGAGGGGAGAAGACUGGUCAUCCACAUGUCCCUGACAUCCUUUGAGAGCAGUGUGCAGAAUGUAAUGCUCUUUUUUUAAGAUGUAUUUUAUGAUUUUUAAAAUAAAUUUAGUGAACCUAU